GCUGGGGGCGCGCCGUGACGCGCCGGGGUGGCGGUGGGAGCUGCGCUCGCAGCUGAGCCCCGUUUCUCUAGUGCCGCAGUAUGCCUGGUACUGAGAGCUGAAUACCCACACCCAGGGCUGGGGCCGUAGCAGAAAGGAAGGCCGGGAGGCUGCCUGGCGGAGGCGGUGCCGCUCCGAGUGGGCGGGGCUAGUCCAGGCUCCGCCCCGCCCCCUACCGCUCCGCUCCGCUAGUGCCCGGCACGCCGCCGCCAGUACUGCCGGCUCCGGGCUAUGGAUGCCCCGGGGGCUCCGGCCCCGACCGCCGCCCCCGGCCCGGGCAGGAAGGAGCUGAAGAUCGUGAUCGUGGGCGACGGCGGCUGCGGCAAGACCUCGCUGCUCAUGGUGUACAGCCAGGGCUCCUUCCCCGAGCACUACGCCCCGUCGGUGUUCGAUAAGUACACGGCCAGCGUGACGGUUGGCAGCAAGGAGGUGACCCUGAACCUCUACGACACGGCCGGGCAAGAAGACUAUGACCGGCUGCGGCCCCUGUCCUACCAGAACACCCACCUCGUGCUCAUCUGCUAUGAUGUCAUGAACCCCACCAGCUAUGACAACGUCCUCAUCAAGUGGUUCCCUGAGGUCACGCAUUUCUGCCGUGGGACCCCCAUGGUGCUCAUCGGCUGCAAGACGGACCUGAGGAAGGACAAGGAGCAGCUGCGGAAGCUCCGGGCCGCCCAGCUGGAGCCCAUCACCUACAUGCAGGGCCUGAGCGCCUGUGAACAGAUCCGAGCUGCUCUCUACCUGGAAUGUUCUGCCAAGUUUCGGGAGAAUGUGGAGGACGUCUUCCGGGAGGCCGCCAAGGUGGCUCUCAGUGCUCUAAAGAAGACACAGCGGCAGAAGAAGCGCCGGCUCUGCCUGCUGCUGUGACCCAGGGCAGUUGGCCCUCGAGACAGCACUGACAGGGCCCGGGACCCCAGGGGCCAACUGCACUGGGAGGCUGCCCCAUCCCCACCCUCCAGCUCCUGGUGUCUGGGGCCUGUGGCUAGACUCUUGGAACAUUCAGGAACUCUAUCCUUUCCUGGCUGGGGCUCUGACCACAAACUCCCCUCCAGGCUCCCCCUGGGGUGCAGUGGUGAUGUGGGUACAGGAGCCAGUGUCUGUCCUCAGGACUCAAAGUGCCCUCAUCACAGCUGCCCCCGCCACAAGGGUCUCCUCAGUGCAGACCCAAGUUAUGCUUGGAAUGAACAGUCCAUCUGGUGGUGGGUAAAUGUGGACCUGGCACUAUUCCACAUGGGCGCCCAGGCCCGCCACUCCUAUGUCCCUGCCUCCCUGGGCUCUGGAGAUAGGCACCGCUGUAUCCUCCAGCUCCUUCCUUCCUCCCCCAGGAACUCGGGGGCCACCACAGGGGCCGGGCCUAUCAGGAGAACAGUCUGCAGCCCGGUGGCAGGGCUGGCACCAACCCCUCCCAUCUCCAUUCCACAUGGAAGACGUCAACCUUCAGCUUGGCCUGUGUCUUCGGAGAGCUGGGAGCAUGUGCCCACGGGGCAGACAAAAUAGCCUCUCAGAUGUUAAAAGUAUACCCUGGACCCCCCAUCUGACCACCCCCUCGAAGUCUCAUCCAAUGCCCCCACUGUCAGGGACUCAGGAUGGGAAGAGCCAUCGGCUCCCCACGUCGUGAGCUAGUUUUUUGUGGAGUUUCCCCCCACUGGCAGGACAGGACCGGCCCAUUUAACUAUCAAUCAUCAAGCUCCCAACCUGCUGUUCCUCAAGCCUCGGUUCUACCAGCCUGUGGAGUCCAGGAGGCAAGACAUCCCAGCCUCCUUUGAGAACUAAGAGAAUCAACUCCCAGCCCGCGUGGGACAGUUUCAGAGCCGGUUCACAGACUGCCUGUGUCACCAACAGCCAGAUACCUAAUCCCUAAGCCUCCUUUGAAAAGGUCUGGGGUCGAGGGUCCAGUUUUCUUGGGGGCAGGGAAUGGAGUCUCGCUGUUGCCCAGGCUGGAGUGCGGUGGUGUCCUCUUGGCUCACUGAAACCUCCACUUCCCGGGGUUUAAGCAGUUCUCCUGCCUCAGGCUCCUGAGUAGCUGGGAUCACACGCACAUACCACCAUGCCUGGCUGAUUUUUGUAUUUUCAUUACAGAUGGGGUUUCACCAUGUUGGUCAGGCUGGUCUUGAACUCCUGACAUGAUCUACCCACCUCAGGCUCCCAAAGUGCUGGGAUUACAGGCAUGAACCACCUCGCAGGACUUAAGCAUUCCAGGGGAUUUUGGUGCCCAACAGGGGUCGCAAGCUGCUCGGCUCUGGAGUGCACCUAGGAAUUAGUGUCGUCUGAGAUGGGAUGCAGCUCCUGUUCUUGCUGGUAUCUCCUGCCUCAGCCCCCUAGCCCAGUGCUGAGGCAUCAGCUAAGCCUGAGCUUCCAAGAAGUCAGGUCACCAAGGGAAGAAGCCUUCUGAGACCCACCUUACCCAGGUUCCCAAGGCCCUGCCAUCCCCUGGGGAAUCAACCAAGGAGCUCUUGUUCUCAAAGAACCCAAGGCCCCGUGGACAAACAAUGGUCUAAGGUAGAGGUCUGCAAACUACAGCCUAUGGGCCACAUCUGGCCACAGCCUGAUUUGUAAAUAAAGUUUUAUUGGAACACAGCCACGCCUA